GCCCCAGGACUCCAGAGGGUCCCAGCGGCGCCCUCCUAGACACCGACCAAGGCCAGAUUCCCUGAACGCCCAGCAUGAACCGCAAGAAACUGCAGAAGUUAACGGACACCUUAACUAAAAAUUGCAGACAUUUUAAUACAUAUGAAGUGAACUGCCUAGUCAGUCUCUUUUACACGUUGGUGGGAGAUGUAGCAGAGCGGCCCGGUGCGGUCACUGGACUGGAUCGGAAUGCCUUCCGGAACAUCUUGCAUAUGACAUUUGGAAUGACAGAUGACAUGAUUAUGGACAGAGUGUUCCGAGGUUUUGAUAAAGAUAACGACGGCUGUGUCAACGUAGCAGAGUGGAUUAGUGGAUUAUCACUGUUUCUUCGAGGGUCUUUGGAAGAAAAAAUGAAAUAUUGCUUUGAAGUGUUUGAUUUGAAUGGUGAUGGAUUCAUUUCAAAGGAGGAAAUGUUUCACAUGUUGAAGAAUAGCCUACUCAAACAGCCAUCUGAAGAAGAUCCUGAUGAGGGAAUUAAGGAUUUGGUUGAAAUAACACUUAAGAAAAUGGACCAUGACCAUGAUGGGAAGCUGUCUUUUGCAGACUAUGAACAAGCUGUGAGAGAAGAGACUCUUCUGCUGGAAGCUUUUGGACCAUGUUUACCUGAUCCAAAGAGCCAGAUGGAAUUUGAAGCCCAAGUAUUCAAAGAUCCACAUGAAUUCAGUUAUGACAUGUGAACAUCUAAAUAUCUGUGUUGUCUCAAGAGAGUAAAAAAGGUACAUCCAUAUUUUUUCUGUGUAGCUAAGAAUGAUGAUGUCGAAUUGUAUGUUUGGCUGGGGUGCAGAAAUGGGACUGAUACAUUCCAUUUAAUUUUGGUGUAAGAUGCAAGUAAAAUAGACAGAUCACGGUUGGUUUGUCAAGAUGAGUUAACAUUUCUAGAGUUAUUUUAUCACAUAGACUAUCUGUGGAAGCACGUGACUGUCCUAAAAUGCUUGGAUUAAUGAAUUGAGAUUAGAUAAUCAUGAAUUAUUAAUAUAAAGAUUACUCAUGUCAGAACAAUUCUGAGUAUAUAUUUAAAAAUCAUUGAAACUACUGAAUUCCCUGGUGGAAGAAAUAAAUGGAAUAUAUGUCUGAUUGUCUCCAUGAACAACUGCCUCCUUUGCCAUGAGACCUGAAGAACUGGAUUGUGUCCAGCUAACAUUACUGAACAUCUGUAUCAAAGAUUCUGUUGAAGAAUCCUGAUCAAAAGGGGGAAAAUGAGGAACACAAUUUAAAAUUCUCAUGGAAUCCAGACUUUCUGGAUCCGUUGAGGCUGGAUGACCCCCGAAUCUAUUCCCCAAAGAAAUCUUUAAACCUUGAACUAAAACUAUUCCCUGAAGUCAUCUUUGAACCAAAUAAUAGUUUAUCCUAAUUAGAAAAGAAGUAUACUCUUUUAAAGAAUUAUCUAUAUGU